GGGAGGCGGUUAAUCGCUCCGGCGCUGUACCCAACCACCUUCCCCCACAAGCCCUCCCUCUCGCCUUUCCGGCCGGGAUCACGCACGGCAGUUCAUCACGCCUCUCCCUCUCCAAUCCGUCUUGGACUCCUGGGUGGGAUCGGCAUCGGCACUGCUCGUGCUUCCCCCUCCGUCAUCCUCCAUCCCAGUGCCCCCUCCGUCAUCCUCCAUCCACCCGUCCACGUCGCUGUCCCUCUGCUCUGCUCUUCUCCCCUCCGCGUUAUAUAAUAUACCAGCCCCCCUUCCCUGCCACUCCAUCGUCCUCCUCCUCGUCCUUCCUCUUCCGCUCCGCGCUUCCCGCCGCCGCGACUCGCGAGGCAGAGGGAGGGAGGCAGGUGAGCCGCCCAAACAAGUCGGGAGCCAACGAGUGAACAGAGAGAGAGAGAACGAUGGCGGCACCGGCGCCGGCGGCGGCGGGAAAGCUGGAGAAGAGCUACUUCGACGUGCUGGGCAUCUGCUGCCCGUCGGAGGUGCCGCUGGUGGAGAAGCUCCUCGAGCCGCUCGCCGGCGUGCACAAGGUCACCGUCGUCGUCCCCUCCCGUACCGUCAUCGUCCUCCACGACGCCGCCGCCAUCUCCCAGGCCCAGAUCGUGAGGGCGCUGAACGGGGCGAGGCUGGAGGCGUCGGUGAGGGCGUACGGCGGCGCCGGGCAGAGCAAGGUGACCAACAAAUGGCCGAGCCCCUACGUGCUCGUCUGCGGGGUCCUGCUCGUCGUCUCGCUCUUCGAGCACUUCUGGCGGCCGCUCAAGUGGUUCGCCGUGGCGGGGGCGGCCGCCGGGCUGCCUCCCAUCAUUCUCCGGAGCGUCGCCGCGCUCCGGCGACGCACCAUGGACGUCAACAUACUCAUGCUCAUCGCAGUUGCUGGGGCCAUAGCUCUCAAGGACUACUCCGAGGCUGGGUUCAUCGUCUUCCUCUUCACCAUAGCCGAAUGGCUCGAAACCAGGGCGUGCGGCAAGGCCACUGCUGGGAUGUCGUCACUAAUGAGCAUGGCACCACAAAAUGCUGUCUUAGCAGAGACUGGACAAGUAGUUGCUACUCAGGAUGUGAAGAUCAAUACAGUAAUAGCUGUCAAGGCAGGGGAAAUCGUCCCGAUCGACGGUGUUGUUGUCGAUGGUCGGAGUGAGGUCGACGAGAGCACCCUCACGGGAGAGUCCUUCCCGGUGUCCAAGCAGGCAGACUCCCAGGUCUGGGCUGGCACACUCAACAUAGAUGGUUACAUUGCUGUGAGGACAACUGCUAUGGCUGACAACUCUGCGGUGGCCAAAAUGGCAAGGCUGGUUGAAGAAGCCCAAAACAACCGAUCCAGUACGCAGAGGCUGAUCGACACUUGCGCCAAGUACUACACACCUGCUGUUAUUUUCAUGUCUGCAGCAGUGGCAGUGAUCCCUGUGUGUCUCAAAGCACGCAACCUGAAACACUGGUUUGAACUGGCCCUAGUUCUCCUGGUGAGUGCCUGUCCAUGUGCUCUGGUGCUGUCGACACCCGUGGCAACCUUCUGCGCACUACUGAGGGCCGCGAGGACGGGGCUCCUCAUCAAAGGAGGGGAUGUCCUUGAGUCCUUGGCCAGUAUCAAAGUUGCUGCCUUUGACAAGACUGGUACAAUUACUAGAGGGGAGUUCUCUGUGGAGGAGUUUCAGACAGUUGGUGAGCGUGUUUCGAAGCAACAACUUCUAUACUGGGUUUCAAGCAUCGAGAGCAGGUCGAGCCACCCAAUGGCAGCUGCUCUUGUUGGUUAUGCUCAAUCAAACUCCGUGGAGCCAAAAUCAGAAAAUGUUGCUGAAUUUCAAAUGUAUCCUGGUGAGGGGAUUUACGGUGAAAUUGGUGGAGAGGGCGUAUAUGUUGGGAACAAAAGGAUCUUGGCAAGGGCAUCGUGUCAAAUAGUUCCAGACAUAGUAGAACACAUGAAAGGAGUUACCAUCGGAUACGUGGCCUGCAACAAGGAAUUGAUUGGGGUAUUCAGCCUCUCGGAUUCAUGCCGAACUGGAUCAGCCGAGGCCAUCAAGGAGUUGAGAUCACUGGGCAUCAAGUCAGUGAUGCUUACUGGCGAUAGUACUGCUGCUGCCACACAUGCACAGAACCAGCUGGGUAACAUUCUAGCUGAGGUUCAUGCUGAACUUCUACCAGAAGACAAAGUGAGAAUUGUUGAUGAACUGAAGGCAAGAGAUGGCCCUACACUGAUGAUUGGCGAUGGCAUGAAUGAUGCCCCAGCACUGGCCAAGGCUGAUGUUGGAGUUUCCAUGGGCGUGUCCGGUUCAGCCGUCGCAAUGGAGACGAGUCACAUUACUCUGAUGUCGAAUGACAUCCGCAGGAUCCCAAAGGCUAUCAAGCUGGCCAGGAGGACUCACCGGACCAUCGUUGUGAACAUUGUCUUCUCGGUGACCACGAAGCUUGCAAUUGUUGCACUUGCAUUUGCCGGUCAUCCGCUUAUUUGGGCAGCAGUCCUUGCUGAUGUUGGUACAUGCUUGUUGGUGAUCAUGUACAGCAUGCUGCUACUGAGAGAGAAAGGCAGUGGAAAGGUGGCGAAGAAAUGCUGUGCUUCUUCUCACUCAAAGAAGCAUGGGCACCGAACUACCCACCACUGCUCAGAUGGUCAUCACCAUGAGAAUGUAUCAACAGGCGGUUGCGUGGAUUCGUCUGCAGGUAAGCAUUCUUGCCAUGAUCAUCACCAUGAGCAUGACCACCACAAAGAGCCGAGCAACCUGCAUUCCGUAGACAAGCAUGGCUGCCAUGAUCAUGGUCAUGUUCAUAGCCACUGCAAAGAGCCGAGCAGCCAGAUGGUCACAAGCAAGGAUGUUGCCCAUGGACAUGGCCAUACCCACAACAUCUGCAACCCUCACCCUGCUGCAAACAAGCAUGAUUGCCAUGACCACGAACAUAGCCACCACCAAGAACCCAAUAGUUCACAUUCUGCCGAUGAGCAUGAUUGCCAUGGUCACAAGCACUGUGAAGAACCAACCAGCUUGCUUUGUGCCACUGAGCAUGCUUGCCAUGACCAUGACCAGAACCAUGAGCAUCACUGCUGUGAUGAAGAGAAAACAGUCCAUGUUGCAGAUACGCAUUCCUGCCACGACCAUAAGCAUGAGCAGGGUGCAGCUGAUUCAGUUCCAGAGCUAUCGAUAUGGAUCGAGGGUCAAUCCCCUGAUCACCGUGAGCAGGAAAUUCAAUGCAGCACAGAACACAAAGAGGAAGCGUGUGGGCAUCACCUGAAGGUCAAGGAUCAGGUCCCAGCUAAGACAGAUUGCAGCAGGGGGGGCUGUCACGGUACCGCGAGCAGCAAAACCUGCGAAAGCAAAGGUAAAAAUGUUUGUUCAAGCUGGCCGGUUGGUCGCACCGGAGUUGUCCGCCGGUGUUGCAGGACUAGAACGCACAGCUGCUGCAGCCAAAGCAUGUUGAAACUACCUGAGAUAAUAGUAGGAUGAAGAGUAUAUAUGGUAUAUGUCGGUAACCAAAGUGAGCAGCUUUAUAACUAUCUAAAAGGAGUCAGCAACUGUUGAAGGCGCCUCAUCGGUGUAUGUAGCUGGAUUGCCAUAACUGAUAAGAGGUACUAUUUGUGCUGGUUAUGCUGCUGAAGAAAUGGGGUGGAGGCCUGAAUUUUGAUGAAGCAGGUGUCUGUCUGAAUGGAUAAGCUGCUCUUGCUGUCUUCUCCCUGUUGGAUUUUGCAUCUUUUCAAAGAAUUUGAGAAGCCGCAAAGGGAGAUACGUUCAUAUUAUCAAUGUGCUCCAACAAUAAUAAUUGAAAGAAGCUGGUCUAGAUCAGUUUAUAGCUUCUUAUUAGGUUAUCUUUAUUAGAGUACCGAGUUGUAGCCAUCCUUGAUUUGUGUGUGUGAAACAGCUAAGUUCAGUUAUUAUGAAAUGCUAUGAAACGUUGCAUAGAAUUAUGAUAUGAUGUUGGUCAAGUUAUGAAAUGAUGUUUCCUUUUAA